AUGAGCAUCAACGACAACCCGCUGGCGGCCCUCGGCCCUGUGUCCUGGGACAACCUCGACCAGGACGCGCUCGACCAUUUUCUCUCUGACACUUUCACCUGUGCCCAGAUCCUGACUGACUCUAUCCCGACGACCGCUUCUGUUUCAACCUCCUCGUCCAGUACUGGCAGACCACGCUCCCAGACCGACGGCGCUGUCUCGUACGGCCUGCACUCGGCGCCUGUCCCUCACCAUGGCGCCGGCACAGCUACGCCCUCGACGGCGGCCGACGACAUGAGCGCCGCCAAGGCCGAGAAGCUGCGGCAGGACCUGCGGCAGUCGUGGAAAGAGGUCAAGACGGGAGGGUCGAACCCACGCAACAUUGUGGUGUACAAGAUGAAUGGCGGACGUGACGGAUAUGCGGGGAGCAGUUGGUUUGCACGGCGGAGUGUGCACCGAGUCGAGAAGGCGAAGCCUGACGCGGCAACGGCAAAAGGCAAACAGGAUCUCAUAGGUCGCGAUGUCGAGAUUGGCUUGGACAUGUUCCGGCGGGCGUUGCUGAAAGAGUUUGCGCUCCCCGAGACGGGCGACGCGGAUGGACAGACGAGCGGAUCAUCGACUGUCCGGACAAUGAUCACAAAGAAGCGGGUUGAGCAUGUUGUUGUCAACGGCCAGGGCCAUGAUGCGCACGAUGAUGCACAUGAGGCAGAAGAGGAGGCGGCCGAAACACACCACGGUCACAACGACAAGUCUUCCGUCUCCCGCCAGCUUGAUGUCUAUCUCCUCGAAGCCGAGUUCCCCGGACCAACCACCGCACGCGACUUUGUCACCAUGCUGUUGACCACCCAGGGUCCAUGCCAAUCACCACCCACGCCGCCUUCUUCCACAACCUCCUCUUCCUCCCCUUCCCAAAACAACGGCCGUGGCCUGCGCCAGUUCAUGGUUGUGUCCAAACCGUGCCAACACCCCGAAACACCGCAACGCCCCGGCUAUGUGCGCGCCCAGUACGAGUCAGUCGAGGUCAUUCGUGAAGUGCGCGUGCCGGUGGCAGAGUCGGCAGCACGGCGACUGGCGAGCAACUCGCGCAAGACGCGCUCGUCGAUUGAUCUUAAGCACGCCGACACGACCGACACCGACGCGUCGGAUCUUGACUCUGACGGCCACGAAACCGCCAUUGAGUGGCUCAUGAUCACCCGCAACAACCCGGGCGGCAAUGUGCCGCGCUUCCUCGUCGACAGGAACACGCCAUCGAGCAUCAUUAGCGACGCGAAUAAGUUCUUGGACUGGAUGGUGGCGCAGCAAGUCGAGGAGACUCUGAAAAAAGAGUCCAACGAGUCCAAGUCGCCAAAGAAGCCACAGGAGAAAGGCGUCGCGGCAGCAAAAUCGGUCCCAAAAACACCACUGCCAGCGGCCAUCCUAGAAGAGGAGGACGAAGAGAUACCUGCGCAAAAGGAAGCAUCGCUCAACAAGGCGAGCGAUCUUGCGGGGGACGACGCCCCCCGCAACAACGGUGACCGCUCGAGCACGUCUCCGUCGGUGACUAUCUUGUCGCUCGAGAGCAGCGGAGGCGCAGCCUCGUCAACGAAGCUCUUUAAUAUGCUGUCUGGUGCUUUGGGUGGUGCUGGUACAGCUGUUGCAUCCAAGUUGCCGAACCCCUUUGGCAGUGCCGCCCAGAUAUUGCACUCGUCCUAUGAAAGCCAGCUCGACGUUGACGACGACGACAAUGACGACAACGAAGACGAAAUUGGUUCCUCGGAAGAUAGUGAUGACAUGUAUAGCGAUAUUGACCACGCGGACGAUGAUAUAGGCGAAGAGAUCAUACCUAGCCGCCGUGAACAGUCGGCGCACGAACAGACGACAAGGAGCACUGAAAGGCCAAUGGCUGCAGCGUCAACAGACACUGCCUCGGCAGGUUCUGCUGCGUCCAUUCAACCACCGCCCCCGACAACGGCUCUCGAAAUGAUGGCCCACGACCGCGCCCUGGCCUUGCGCCGCGAGAACCGGUCACUCACAGGAUUGUCGACGGGCGGAUCCAGUGUGAUGGCCAGCGAUAUCGACAACGACACGGAAACGGGUAGUGCCGUGCCAUCCUCCAAGAAAAAGAACAAGAUCGAACAGGUUUCCGCCACCAAAGCUGCGAAAGCUGCCAAGGCCGCCGAUGCCGCCCGCAGGAAGCACGAAAAGGAGCUGCAGAAGCUGCAGGACCGCCAGCGCAAGGCCGAGCUCGACAUUCUGAAGGCGAACAAAGGCAAGACGGGUCUGGAUACCCUAGAAAAAGAAAAGGGUGACGUCGGCAACAGCGCUCAGAGCACCAAGAGUGCCGACAGCGCGACGAACGUCUCGGGUUCGGCGUCUGCCGCGGCCGCCCACUCCUCGUCCUCCUCCAUCUCGGCCGAUCCAGCCAACACCGAGCUCCAGAAGCUGCGCGAGAAACACGACCGUGCCGUCGCCCGUCAAGAAGCUCAGUACCAACGAGAAAUGGAAAAGAUCGAGAAGAAGCGUCAGCAGAACGCUGCAAAGGAGGCUGCGCGUCUGCGUAAGCAACAGGAGCGCGACGACAAGGCCGAUACGGCGCGGCAGCUGACCCACGCGCGUGCUGAGCGGGACGUGGCCCGUAAAGAGGUUGACAUGCUGGCCGAGCGGGUGCGGCAGCUGGAGGCCCAGAACGAGCUGUUGGCAGCCGAGGUGGCCAAGGCGACGGGCAACGCCAAGUUGUAUGCCAAAGUAGAGGAUGCUGGAGAAGAUUGA